GCCCAAAUUGUCACUUGUGGCCAAGGAACAUGUUGCGCAUCAAGCUGACCCAAGUGCUUGCUGCCGCUCGCCGUAGCUCGAGACUACAGACACUACGUGCGCUGUCCACGAACCCAGACGUAGACGACAAGGCGUUCCUUAAGAGUAUCUCCCAGGAUCAGGCUAAGCGCGCGUUGGAGCGCAGUGCCGCCAUCCGCGCCGACCACAUCUCGGCAAAGGGCGAUUUCCCGGCAAGCAGUCAGGGCGACCACCAGGUGGAUUCGGACGAGGCAAACCGCAAGCGCAUCAUCUACCGCAGUAAGCAGCGUGGCUGGCUGGAAGUGGACCUACUAUUGGGCCGUUGGGCCAGCCAGAACGUCAUGCAACUCACGAGCGACGAGCUGCAGCAGUACGAAGACAUUCUGAACGAGGAGACCAUCGACAUUUUCAACUACAUCUCCGGCAAGAGCGCUGUCCCGCAAAGACUGGACACGCCCAUGAUGAAGAGACUGCAAGAGUACUGCCUCACGUCGCCACUUGGCAAGGCCUCGAUCGAGGGCUUCGCGGAGAACAAAAAGUUCAUGAGCAAUUAAUCAGAGCAAAGACACAAGAGUGUAUUGGGUCUCCUUAUCUAUCGUAAAUGAUACGACGGUUUACUAGACGAGA